UAUGACGUCCUCUUUUACUGCUACCCAAGAGGAGGACAGGAACUUUAAGCCCACCAUCCAUCAAUAAUCAACAAUGGCCGAGGAUGGCGUCGCUGCUGGAGGUGUGAUGGAUGUCAACACGGCUCUCCCUGAAGUGCUCAAGACCGCACUGAUCCACGAUGGCCUCGCCCGUGGUAUCCGUGAGGCUGCCAAGGCCCUGGACAAGCGUCAAGCCCAUCUCUGCGCCCUUGCAGGCAACUGUGAUGAGCCCACAUAUGUCAAGCUGGUGGAAGCCCUCUGUGCUGAGCAUCAGAUCAACCUAAUCAAGGUUGAUGACAACAAGAAGCUCGGCGAGUGGGUCGGUCUGUGCAAGAUUGACCGUGAGGGCAAACCCCGCAAGAUUGUGGGCUGCAGCUGUGUCGUUGUCAAGGACUAUGGCAAGGAGUCUCAAGCAAAGGAUGUGAUUGAAGAAUACUUCAAAGCAAAGAAAUAAAAUUUCAAUAAAAAGUGGAAAUAGUU